AGCUGUGUGUGCCCUCAGGAGCUCCUGGUGAGAGCUGUGUGUGCCCUCAGGAGCCCCUGGUGAGCUGUGUGUGCCCUCAGGAGUGUUGCUGAGUGUUUGGAACUGUGUUUGCUGCUGUGUUGGGUUGGUAUUGCCAGGUUCUGGUGGUGGGGGGUUCUGUGAGAAGCUGCCAGAAGGUUCCCCCGUGUCCGUGGAGCCAAUUCCAGCCGGAUCCAGGACAGACCCACCACUGGCCAAGGCUGAACCCAUCAGGGAUGGUGGUGACACCUCUGGGAUAACACAUUCCCACCUCCCUGCACUGCUGGGGGAGAACUUGGGAAGGAGGGGGGGGGAAAGGUGUUUUUAAGAUUUAUUUUACUUCUCAUUCUCCUGCUCUGAUUCCAUUGGUAACAAAUUCAGUUCAUGUCCCACCCUGAGCCUGUUCUGCCCGUGAUGGUGCUCGGGGAGGGAUCUCCCCCAGUCCUCAUCUCGACCCACAAACCCGUGUUGUGUUUUCUCUCCUCUGCCCAGUUGCAGAGGGCAGUGACAGAGAGGUUUGGUGUCCAGGGCCAACCCCCCUCCCCAGCUCUCUGGUCAGAUGUAGGGCCAAAGAAAAAUGAGGGUAUGGCCACAGGGGGUGGAAGAAGGAAGAGGUUUGAAGUCAGAAGAUGUUCUUGUUAGGGAGUGGUUUCUGCAGGAUAACAAUGACUAAUACCUGAAUGAUGGGAAAGCAGCAUCAUUCCUUCUGGAACGUUCUUGUUCUGCUGAUUGGAGAACUCCAGGCAACUCAAAAAAGGCAAAAGAGACAGGAUAAUUUGUUUUAAAGGCAAUAUGAGAUAAAAGUUCAAACCCAAACAGUCUCUCUGAUGAAGAAAUGAUGUCUAACGAGGCUUAAAAGGCCUUGGAGUCACAGAGAGCAACACCUCUGGCCAGUCCCUGCCAGAGCCUGCCCUUUAAUCCUGGCUUUAUAAUGAAAAAAACUGCAUUUAUUACUACAAAGACUGAAAGGCAGCCUCAGGAGGGGAAGGUGCUGACAUCACCUGGAAAUGUGGCCCCGCUCCACCCAGGUGGCUGAAACCCCAGCCCGGUUCUGGCUGAAAAAUACCCUGAACACAUUUUGGCCUCUGAUGCUGCUGCCUGAAAGGAGCCAGUGAGGCUGACUGGGCAGGGCAGGGGCAGGGAAAUGAAAAGGCAGCGUUGCAGGGAAGGUAAACAACCACCAGUUUACUUAAUUGGGAUGCUUUGCAUAAAAUAUGAGCUUGUUGGUAAAUACAUUCCAUGUGCAAAGCCGCGUCUGGGCCCGGGGCUGAGCGGGGCUCUAUAAAACCCGGCCAGCUGCAGGUCCCUCAUCCACUUCUCUGCCUGCUCCUCCUCGGUGAACCAGGUGAGCUGCAGGAGCCUUUGCCUCCCUCUUCCCUUUCCCUUCCUCUCUUUUUCUUCUGGCCUCUACCAGAUCUUUGCCUCUGUGCAGCUUUCCCUGAGAACUUUGGUCUCCCUCCUGCUGUCUGUGCUGCCCCUGUUCUUCACUGAGGAGGGGCUGGGCUUUCCUUACAGGGAAAAAUCUUUGGGGUCAGGGCUGUUGAAUCUCCCUUCCUCCCUGUUCAGACUGUCCUUUCUCUCCCAGUCUGUGUUUCCUUUUGCUGAGCAGGAUCUCAGGCCGUGCCUCACGCUCUGCCCGUGCUGUCCCUGCCCUGUGUGCCAGGUGUGCCACCCCCAGCCAUGUCCUGCUACGACCUGUGCCGUCCCUGCGGCCCCACCCCGCUGGCCAACAGCUGCAACGAGCCCUGUGUGAGGCAGUGCCAGGACUCCCGGGUGGUGAUCCAGCCCUCGCCCGUGGUGGUGACGCUGCCCGGGCCCAUCCUGAGCUCCUUCCCCCAGAACACCGCCGUGGGCUCCACCACCUCCGCCGCCGUGGGCAGCAUCCUCAGCGAGGAGGGAGUGCCCAUCAACUCCGGGGGCUUUGGCCUUGGUGGCCUCGGUGGCUACGGCCUCGGUGGGCGCUACUGUGGCCGGAGGUGCCUGCCCUGCUAAAGCCUGAGCCCAGCGAGGGCCUCGCCCAGGGAGCCCAAAGCCGGACUGAGGAUGGAGCUGCUGGCCAGCGCUCGCCCAGGGCUUUCCUCCUGCUGCCCAGGAGGGAGGCAGAGGUGGCCAGCUGAUGUCUCGUGCUUGUCCUGCUCUCUUCUGCUCCUCGGGAGCCCCUGUUGUCUCUGCCCUGCUGUGCCGGGGGUCCCUCCUGCCUCCAGCGCAGCGGGGUCCUGCUCCUGGCGCUCUGCCCGGGGGGG